AUGGCGCCUGCGGCCAUAGCAUUGCUCGCUGAUCAGUUGGUCACCACUGUAGCAAGGGUUCCCCCCAGCCAGAAUGAAUCUACUCGCGUCAAAGGCUUGAAACGUCGCGUGGAGGGAUCUUUACGACCUGGUGCUCACGUGCGCACAAAUCAGUUCGAAGUCUCUCGUCAGAUUGAUGGCCUGCAGGAGAAGUUCCAGGUCCUCAACCGAGACGAUUUAGCUGAGGCUUUCAGGGAUCGGCUUGGCGAGCUAGACGGCUGUCGCAACCCAUGGACCCCAGAGUUGCUGAGCUUACUCCUGCAACUGUCCGAUCGCCCGGCUCAGUUUGCGAAGAUUGAACCGCCAAAGGUAUCCACUAAGACAGUCGAGGCAGGGAAACUGACUUGGACUGAUCUAGAUUCCCAUGGAGCUGCAUAUAGCGAUGAAGAUAUCUGGGAAGAAAUCGAUUUUGGUGCCGGUUCAUCUGACGAAGAAAUCGCUUCUGUUCGAACUGAUGAGUCUCUUCCGAAAAUAUCACCACGUACACCGAAAACUCGAGAAGAGGACUAUGAGAUACCGGCAGACGUCUUCAUCCCGGAGACUGAUGAGCAGCUGAUUGCAUCCAUUGAGCAAGCGCAAUUCUGGAAAGCUGAGAAUUACGCCAAGGCACCACACGCUAAAGGAAACGAGGUUGCGUCUCGGGUCAUUUCAGAGCUACAACUGGCUAGAGAAACAAUUUUCAUGCUCCGCGGCUUGCCAACUUCGAUUUUCUGGCGCCUGGAUCAAAGAAUCGAAGUUGAUCAUCGUUUCACCAUUGCGCACUCCUCUACAGAAGCAAUCUCUGCACUUCUGUCUUCAUUUACGGAGAUCGGCGCCAAAGUUGACACGGUCCGUCAAUUCACGGCGUCUCCUCAAACAAUACCUUACAUGCAGACGUUUCGUUGGGGUCUCGAAGAGCGUUUGCGAGCAUUUGACGGCAUGCUUUCUCAAAAUGAAUGCUCCUACCUUUCUCCUGGAUCAACUGUCAGUGUCCUUCGUCUUUUCGACGAUACAUCUCGUUCAGGUGGCCGACCUGGUCUCUUCCUGGGGCAGGACGGUAAACCAAUGCGGUGUCUCGAUCUACUCUAUGACUUCGUUUGUAUGUUGGAAGCUCUGGGGGACACGAGCGGAUUUGAGGUCUUUGCCGCUCUUUUCUUCUCUUGCUUCAAAACAUACGCUCGAUCUAUCCAACUUUGGAUGGAAAAUGGUCAUGUUGAUCCUCUCGACAGUGCCUUCUUUGUGCACAAAUUGCAAGGUAGUGGGGACCUGCGUACUCUUUGGCAUGACUGGUACGCUCUUUAUGAAGGGGUCCAACACCAAAACAUACCUCGCUUCCUUGAGCCCGUUGUCAACAGAAUCUUUACCACAGGCAAGAGCAUGGUUUUCCUGCAUCACUUGAAUGCUCUUCCAGACGGCCCUGGGCCUUCCGAGAAUUCGGAGACGAUAUUCCGAAAUGUUUCCCAUCCCGAAACACUGUCAUCUAUUCCUCUUCCCUUCUCCGCGCUAGUCGAAUCGUCUUUAGAGAAGCUGAUCGACGCGAACCACGCCGUCAGCGCUCGCAGGCUGCGAACCGAACUCGACGAGCAAUGCGGUCUUUGGAAUUCAAUCGACGCCUUGGAGUAUGUUUACCUUGGCAGAGAUUCGAGCAUCCUUGGAUUGAUUGACUCUAAGAUCUUUGAACUCAUGGACCGUGGGCGAGACUGGGAUGACAAAUUCCUCCUGACAGAAUUACUCAGAUCCACGUUCAGUGUCAUAGCAUCCUUCGACCAGUCAAGACUGGUUGUACGAACAGAUGGCCUAUCAAGCAGUACGGAGCCUCCAAGCAGAUCUGUGCGCACCCUCGAAUCAACAUCAAUCGACUAUGUUCUCCCCUGGCCUGUUGCAAAUAUUUUCCCUAAGAGCGCAACCCAGUCAUAUCAACGCAUCUCGAAAUUCUUAAUGCAAAUCCGCCGCGCAAAAUACGCCCUUUUAUUUCGACCAGAGAGACAGGCUUUCCGCUUGUCACUCUCCCAGGCCGAGGAUGUUGAUGCUAUGAUUGCAGCUCACGAGUCUUAUCUAGCCUCGCUAGAGGACCAACUCCUCCUAUCACCAGGUCUGUCACCAAUUCACGAGGCAGUAAUCAAUAUCUUGGAUCUUUGCAUCCACUUUGCAGACUUGCAAGCCGCACACGCCUUCGAAGCAGCAGCCCCCGAAGACGGAAUAUCCGACUCUCGCUUCAUAUCUCGAACGUCCCGGCGAGGGCAAAACGAAGAUUCUGAUUCAGAUGAAGACGAUGAUCCUCUGGAUCAGGAGCAUACCCUUACCAUAUCCUUCCGUGACGAUCCCUACGAAUUGCGAAUGAGGAAUGUGAAAGUUAGAUUUGACCAUCUGAUCAGUUUCGUUGCUGAUGGGCUGAAGGGAAUUGCUCGAGCAGAUGGAUUGCCUAGCUGGAAUAUUUUGGCAGAGAGGCUGGAGUGGAGAAAAGCUUUGGUGAAAUUCUGA